CACUAUUACAAGUAGAAGUGGAGUGUAACCGUAAUAAAGGGCGAUUAGUGUAGACAAACAAGACGCUCGUGAAACACACAUCGCAAAUGUCGUUCAUUCCCGUAAGCCCAGAGAGUCAUUUUCCAAUCCAAAACCUUCCAUAUGGAGUGUUUUCCACUGCAGACAAUCCCAAGCCUAGAAUCGGCGUUGCUAUUGGUGACCAGAUUCUGGAUUUGGGUGUUGUCAAAGUGUUCUUUGAAGGACCUGUCAUGAGGACUCAGCAGCACGUCUUCGAUGAGACAAGUUUGAAUUCAUUUAUGGCACUUGGACGCCCUGCAUGGCAGGAGACGCGGGAAACAUUGCAGAGAAUUCUGUCAGUAGAUGAACAAGGCCUACGAGAUAACCAUGCCCUCAGAGAAAAGGCCCUUGUUCCCCAAUCUUCAGCCACAAUGCACAUGCCAGCAAAGAUUGGAGACUACACAGACUUCUACUCCUCUAAGAACCACGCCUACAAUGUGGGAGUCAUGUUCCGAGGCAAAGACAAUGCCCUCAUGCCCAAUUGGACUCACAUCCCAGUGGGUUACCAUGGCAGGUCCUCCUCAGUGGUUGUGUCUGGUACACCCAUCAGGAGACCUAAUGGACAGAUCUGUCCGGAUGAAAGCAAGCCACCAGUGUUCAGCACAUGCAAGUUGUUUGACUUUGAGCUCGAGACAGCGUUCUUUACGGGCCCUGCUACCAGACUGGGGGAGCCCAUACCCAUUGAGAAGGCAGAGGAUUACAUAUUUGGAAUGGUCCUAAUGAACGACUGGUCAGCUCGGGACAUACAGAAGUGGGAAUAUGUGCCCCUUGGACCCUUCCUUGGCAAAAACCUGGGUACCACAGUGUCACCCUGGGUCGUUACCAUGGAUGCACUUAAACCAUUCAUUAUUGCAAACGCUACACAAGAUCCCAAACCUAUGCCCUACCUUACCCACGAGGAUAACUACAACUUUGAUAUUGCCCUGGAAGUGGCUAUUAAAUGUGAUGGGUUGUCAGCCCCUGCCACCAUCUGUCGCAGCAACUACAAGCACAUGUACUGGACGAUGAAGCAGCAGCUGGCCCACCAUACAGUCACUGGCUGCAACAUCAACCCUGGAGAUCUCAUGGGCUCAGGAACCAUCUCAGGGGAGACUGAGGACUCGUAUGGCAGCAUGCUGGAGCUGUGCUGGAAGGGAACCAAGGCUAUUGAGCUGGGUAACGGACUCACACGCAAGUUUCUACAAGAUGGGGACGAAGUCAUCAUGACAGGCUACUGUACAGGAGACGGGUACAGGGUAGGGUUUGGUACCUGUGUAGGAAAGGUUCUACCCGCCCACCCUCUGUAGAAGAGCCUACCCUACAGUAGACAUCGGAUGUGAAAGCAAGACAAAUGUCUAUGAAGAAUAUUUUUUUGAUACACUUAUAUAUAUAUAUCAAUGAUAUAUAUCAAUUGAUAAUAUCAAUUUAUUGCCUAAAAUUUAUGUUUGAAAACAAAUUUAAAACUCUGCAUACAAUGUAAUCAUUUCAAUACAAUUGAAUUUAAACAAAAAAGAUUAAACAUGUUCUUGGUGUUACACUUACUUGGAUUGUUGUAGGUCUACUGCAUGUUAUGGAAAUUAAUGAAUUCUAGUCAAUAAUCAUAUUUAAGUAAAAAAUAAGUUGAAUUUGUAAAUGUGAAGGGCCAUUGUCCAUUUGAUGUAUGUAGAUGAGCUGAAAUUGUUCUUGAUCAAAAUGUGAGUUAACCAGUAUUUGAGUUUGAGAGCAUAAAAAUGUUAUGCUGGUUUUUAACUUGUUACUCCAUGCUGUAAACUUUGCAAAUGAUGCGUCAUGUUUAAUAACCAAGAAGUGUAUAAACAUUUUAACGCUUCUCCCAUGAAAAUGGUUGAAGAGCAAAUAUUGUUAUCCCUUACUGUGUGUUUGAGUGUGUGGUUUGUAUUUGUGGGGACGUUUUGUGUGAUUUGAUGAUGAUCGGAUUUGGAAACAAUUGUGCAUGAAAAAUCAUCUUGUCAAGACAAAAUAUUGCCUGCAACAACCAUGUUGCUAGCUUAAAGAAAUGACCAAAGUUUUGACAAUUGCAGUAUUAUUAUAUGUUUUUGUUUUAUAUGGAAAAAAACACAAAGUAUUUGUUCGUUUUCAUCCCAAAAUACUCUUAUGUGAAUUAUGGGGUUUCAAAAAUAAAUUGGAACAUAUAAUCAUUAUAUCAAGACGACUUGUUAUGUUCAGCAACUGUGGCGCUACUUUAACAUGCAGUGUUGACUUUUGACAUUUUGUCGUGACACAACAAUGGUUUCUUCGUCCAUUUAGGAGGCAUCCUUGUUCUUCAGACCCUUGUUUAUUUAUCAAUCAUUUGUUCAUGUAUUUAAUUAUUUGUUUAUUAAGAAUUAUAGUUUUUGCUUUUUGUAAAUGCCAGGAAUUGAGAUUGCUGACAUUCCAGUGAAGUGAAUGCUUUUAAUAAAUAGAUUGUUGAUUGUG